AUGCAGGGCUUGGGACAUGGAGCCUCUGAGCUGAGCAAUGGGAGUGAGCGGCAGGUGCUGCAGCCCGAGGGCCCCAUGCUGGUGGCAGAAGGUAACACACUCCCAUUGUGGUGUUCAGUGGACAGCUCCUGCACUGGCGACAUGAUUAAAUGGGUCAAGGUGAGCCAUCAGCUCCAGGAGAUUUAUAACUUCAAACACGGCUUCUUUCCUGGGGUGACGCAGCGGACACUGGAGCCAUGUAUUUGUGACUACUCCAUCUAUAUCCACAAUGUCACCAGCAAGCAUGCUGGAAGCUGCCACUGUGUGGGGUUUAGUGACUUGAGUGAGAAAUCAGAAAAGACCUUAGAGGAGGGCACCUCCAUACUUGUGAAUGGAGCUGGGGACCCAGAGCCAGACCUCUGGAUCAUCCAGCCCCAGGAGUUGGUAUUGGCAACCACCGGAGACACUGUAUUCCUGAACUGCACAGUGCUUGGAGAUGUUCCCUCAGGACCCAUCCGGUGGUUUUGCAGGGCUGGUCUGAGCCGGGAGGCCAUUUACAACUUUGAAGGCAUCUCCCACCCCAACGUGACAGCAGUCCGGGCCUCCAGCAGGGAUUUUAGCAUUCUUCUGCAAGGUGCCUCUGGGGAGCGGGCAGGCACCUACUACUGUGUCAAGUUUCAGAGGAAACUCAACAGACAAUACCUGUCCGGACCGGGCACCAAGCUGAGAGUAAAAGACCUCCUGUCUGUGUUCACACUUGUGGUCCUGGCGCUGAAGACAAUGACCUUGGCUGCACUCCUGCUGGCCCUGGCUGCAUACUGGAGGAGGCGUCAGCAAGAAGACAUCAAGACUCCAGGCCCAGCAGGACUGGGCCCCCCUUAG